GUUUUUGCUUUCUGCCGUUGGAGGCUAUUUGGAAGAGAGACUCGGUUGCCUUGCAUUGCAUGGUAACAUAUUCAUUCAGCAAAGGUUUUAGGCAGUGUGGAAGGGAUGACGAACAAGAAGAAGAAGAGGGAGGUAGAGGAAGAGAAGGAGUCAGAGGAUUGGUGCUUCCUAUGCAAAGAUGGUGGAGAUCUUCUUGUUUGCGAUUACAAGGACUGCUUAAAAGUUUAUCAUCCAGGAUGUGUGGGAAAAAAGAGGAAUUUCAUGAACACUGGAAGGCACUGGACUUGUGGUAGGCAUUCUUGUUCAAUGUGCUGUAGGACCCCAAGUUUUUAUUGCCUUUGCUGUCCAAAUGCAUCAAUAUGUAAAGAUUGCUUUAGUGCCUCUGAGUUUACGCUGCUAAAAGGGAAUAAUGGCUUGUGCAAGAGUUGUUUAAAGCUCAUUCUGCUUGCGGAAGAAAAUGCGCAAUAUGGUUUAGAAGGAGAGAAAAUAGACUUCAAUGAUCGUGAAACUUUUGAGUGCCUAUUUAAAGAGUGUUGGGAAAUCCUGAAGGAACAAGAAGGUUUUACUUUGGAUGAUGUCUAUUCAGCAUAUGCCGCAUUACAGGGAAGAAACUAUGAUAGCAGAUUUGAUUCAGUAGAUAUUGUUGAUAGUGACGAAAGUAGAGACCUGACACCUUCAGUCAGUAGUGUCACUGUUAUGGAGGUUCAGAAAACAGUAGGAAAAAAUAAUAGAUUUCAACCAAUGGAAUUUACAGGAUGGGGUUCCAAGCCUCUCAUUGAAUUCCUGAGAUCCAUCGGCAAGGAUACAACCAAGAAGUUAUCUCAGUUUGAUGUAGAGUCUAUCAUCUCUCGUUACAUCGAGGACAAUGGCCUCCUGAAACAGAAGAAAAUGGUUCACUGUGAUAACAAUCUGUUUUCCAUCUUCAGAGAGAAAUCCAUCAAUGCCACAAAAUUAUAUCAGCUGUUGGAGGAACAUUUUGCAGAUGACAUCACGGUAAUAGAGGAUAGUGGAAGUGAGGCUGAAGAUGAAAUAAGUUUGGAAGAUAAGAACAAAGGUACAAAGAGCAAGAAGAGAAGAGUGAUGAGCUCAGAUGUGCUAACAACAGAUGAAAACAGAGGCCCUAGCAUGCAUAAAAGCGGUUUUGCAUCUAUAAUUGCUGAGAAUAUGAAGUUUGUUUACAUCCGAAGGAGCUUACUAGAAGAUUUAUUGAAGGAGCCUGAUCAUUCGGAAAGCAAGAUACUUGGGACUUUCGUUAGAGUGAAAAAUGACCCUCGAGACUACCUUAAGAGAAAUAGCCACCAGCUUUCACAAGUUAAAGGCGUGAAGAAAAUCAUGGCAGCUAAUGGAGCAGACUUUGAAAUUGCCCUGCAAGUUUCCCAUGUUACAAAAGAUAUUCCCAUUUCUUUGCUUUCAGAUGCUGACUUCACUCAGGAAGAAUGUGAAGAUUUGCGUCAACAGAUCACCGAAGGCUUGCUAGAGAAACUUACAGUUGUUGAGCUGCAAGAGAAGGCGAAAAUUCUGCAUGAGGACAUAACUAAACAUUGGAUUCAGAAAGAGCUGGUCAGACUGCAAAAUCGGGUUGAUUACGCAAAUGAGAAAGGAUUGAGAAGAGAGCUGGAUGAAUAUUUGGAGCAGAGAGAGCGACUAAAGAAACCAUCUGAACAGGAACGACUGUUAAAGCAGUCACCAGAGGUCAUUCCUGCGUUCGAUUGAAUCCGGUUCGCUGGAACUCCUUGGUGAUUCACUGUUUCAUUUAUGAUAAGCAGUGAAGUACUGUUUAUUUCUGUUGUGGUGAAUUGUUCUGGGAUUCUAGCUUGGUGAGUUGGUGAUAAGUUAGACUUGAGCAAUCCGAACUCUCUCUCUUUUGCUUCCGUUGAAUAUCAGGAUAAGACUUGUAGACAUGCAAUC